AUGCGUACCUCCUUUUUCCUCGCUGCAGCCCUUGCUACACUGGGUACCCAAGCCGACGAUACCAGCAGCGAUGUCAUUGGCUACUUCUCUCCUGCUUGGGACGCGGGCCUACUCCAGUACGGCGGUUGGACAAGCACUGCCGCCAGCCUGGUUACCCACAAUACCGCGGCCGCCACAUACCAUGUCAGCUGUCUGAAAGACGCUCCCAAGACAGAUUGCAACUAUCCCACUCCGUGGACGAUUGUCCAAGGCCCGGAGACAGUCAGCUUCACGGGGAAAUAUAUCGCAUCCACCUCGGACAAGUCCACCAGCUAUGAUAUCACUCUCACCCAGUCCUACGAGUGCUCGCUGAAAGCUUCGACUGAGUCAGCCAGCUGCACUAUGAGUGUCGGCAUGAGCGGAUCUGUGGACGGAGGGAAAUAUGAAUCUUCCACUUCCAGCAAGGCGACCUAUACCACUGCGCCAAUGUCCAAUUCAUACUACCAGUUGACGGUAACCGCGGGAUUGCCAACGGGAUCAAGUUCGACAUCGGUCGAGACAACUCAGUCAACUGGCGGUGCUCCUGGACCCGCGGGUGCUUUGAUUACAGCUGCUCCUAUGGUGGCUGCUGCAAUGGCUGCUCUACUGUGA